AGUACACCUUGCGGUGACAGCGGCUGCGGUUAUCACCUAUCACAUUGUGAGGUCAUUCUUCAUUCUUCAAGUUUUUCAAUUAGGUUUUAAUAAAAUUGUACUGAGAUCAUGCAGACCGCGCUUCGAAAUGCUACUUCAUACUCUAUUAAACCAUCCAAUUUGAUUAGAUGUCACAAAGGUGUCCUCAGCUUCUUACACCAUCGAGAUUAUUCAACAACUCAUGAAGCUGACAUAGUGGUCAUAGGCUCAGGGCCAGGGGGUUACGUUGCGGCUAUUAAAGCUGCACAACUUGGCUUCAAAACAGUAUGCAUAGAAAAGGAUCCCACCCUGGGUGGUACCUGCCUCAAUGUAGGUUGUAUACCAUCAAAAGCCCUAUUAAAUAAUUCUCAUUUCUAUCACAUGGCCCAUUCUGGAGAUCUAAAUGAGAGGGGCGUUGUAUGUGACAAUGUGAAGCUUGAUUUGGACAAGUUGAUGGGACAAAAGACAAAUGCUGUUAAGGCACUAACAGGCGGAAUAGCGCAGCUGUUCAAAAAAAAUAAAGUUAAUUUAAUUAGUGGACAUGGAAAAAUCACUGGCGUGAAUCAAGUUACAGCUCUAAAGCCAGAUGGUUCAUCAGAAGUAGUUAACACUAAAAAUAUUCUCAUUGCUACUGGUUCAGAAGUAACACCUUUUCCUGGUAUUGAGAUCGACGAGCAACAGAUUGUUUCUUCAACUGGGGCCCUUUCGUUGAAGGAAGUACCAAAACGAAUGAUAGUAAUUGGAGCAGGUGUUAUCGGUCUUGAAUUGGGGUCUGUGUGGUCCAGACUAGGUGCAGAGGUAACAGCUAUUGAAUUCCUCACCUCAAUCGGUGGGAUCGGAAUCGACGGUGAAGUAGCCAAAACGUUUCAAAAGAUUUUAACAAAACAGGGGUUGAAGUUCAGAAUGGGUACCAAAGUAACUGGAGCACAGAAAACAGGAAGUACCAUAAAAGUGAACGUUGAAGACGUCAAGAAUUCAGAUAAAAAAGAAGAGUUGGAAUGCGAGGUUUUACUUGUGUGCGUAGGGCGUAGACCCUACACUCAUAAUCUUGGACUUGAAGAGAUGGGUAUCGAAAGAGAUCAGAAAGGCAGAGUUCCAGUAAAUUCUCAUUUCCAGACUGUUAUUCCUAACAUUUACGCAAUCGGUGAUUGCAUCCAUGGCCCUAUGCUGGCCCACAAAGCCGAAGAUGAAGGCAUCAUAUGUGUGGAAGGAAUCAAAGGGGGUCCAGUGCACAUCGAUUACAACUGCGUCCCAUCAGUUAUUUACACCCACCCAGAGGUCGGCUGGGUCGGCCGCUCUGAAGAAGAUUUGAAAAGUGAAGGAAUCGCCUACAAAGUCGGAAAGUUCCCAUUCAUGGCAAAUUCCAGAGCAAAAACUAACAACGAAGCCGACGGUUUUGUAAAGGUAUUAGCUGAUAAAGCCACCGACCGCAUUUUGGGAACGCACAUCAUUGGACCUAGUGCUGGCGAACUCAUCAACGAAGCCGUCUUGGCACAAGAAUAUGGGGCAUCAAGUGAAGAUGUUGCAAGAGUAUGCCACGCACAUCCCACUUGUGCGGAAGCUCUAAGAGAGGCUAACUUGGCGUCGUACUUCGGGAAACCCAUUAAUUUUUAAGGAAAGCUGUCGAUCUUUGUAAAUACGUGAGUGCGAUUAAGUCUACGACUCAAUGGAAAGUAAUAAUCACGAAUAUAAUUUAUGUGAAAUAUUGUGCUUCAUUUCGUUAAUUUCAUCACUCAAAGUGUAUUAAAAAAUUGUUAUAUUUUGUUCACGGCAGUGAACUAUGAUAAGUUUUAUUAAAGAAAUCACCCCUGA